CCCGGCCCGGGGAGGGAUGCGGCGGCGCGGCGCCCAGGAUGCCCCGCAGCCCCGGGACGCGCCUCAAACCCGCCAAGUACAUCCCGGUGGCCACGGCCGCCGCGCUGCUGGUUGGCUCCAGCACCCUCUUCUUCGUAUUCACGUGCCCAUGGUUGACAAGAGCUGUGUCUCCAGCUAUUCCUGUCUACAAUGGCAUCCUCUUCCUCUUUGUCCUGGCCAACUUCAGUAUGGCCACCUUCAUGGACCCUGGAGUCUUCCCCCGAGCGGACGAGGACGAGGACAAGGAGGAUGACUUCCGGGCCCCACUGUACAAGAAUGUGGACGUGCGGGGCAUCCAGGUCCGCAUGAAGUGGUGUGCGACAUGCCACUUCUACCGUCCACCGCGCUGCUCGCACUGCAGCGUCUGUGACAACUGUGUGGAGGACUUUGACCACCACUGCCCCUGGGUCAACAACUGCAUCGGACGCCGCAACUACCGCUACUUCUUCCUGUUCCUGCUGUCACUCAGCGCACACAUGGUGGGGGUGGUGGCCUUCGGUCUGCUCUACGUGCUCAACCACUCAGAAGGGCUAGGAGCCGCCCACACCACCAUCACCAUGGCUGUCAUGUGUGUAGCUGGCCUUUUCUUCAUUCCUGUCGUCGGCCUCACUGGCUUCCACGUGGUACUGGUCACCCGGGGCCGCACCACCAAUGAGCAGGUGACUGGGAAGUUCCGCGGGGGUGUGAAUCCCUUCACCCGAGGCUGCUAUGGGAACGUGGAGCACGUGUUAUGCAGUCCCCUGGCGCCCCGGUAUGUGGUGGAGCCCCCCAGGAUGCCGCUCUCAGUGCACCUAAAGCCACCCUUCCUGAGGCCUGAGCUCCUGGAGAGAGCUGUGCCCCUCAAGGUCAAACUUAGCGACAAUGGGCUGAAAGCUGGCCGCAGCAAGUCCAAGGGCAGUCUAGACCAGCUGGAUGAGAAACCUCUGGACCUUGGACCUCCACUGCCCCCCAAGAUAGAGCCUGGCACCUUUGGAAGAGAUCUGAAGACCCCAAGACCUGGCAGUGCUGAGAGUGCCCUGUCAGUACAGAGGACCAGCCCUCCAACACCUGCCAUGUAUAAGUUCCGGCCAGCCUUCUCCACUGGUCCCAAGACACCCUUUUGUGGACCUAGUGAGCAGGUCCCAGGCCCUGACUCCCUUACUCUGGCAGAUGACAGCACCCACAGUCUAGACUUCGUGUCUGAGCCCAGCCUGGAUCUCCCGGACCACGGGCCUGGUGGUCUGCAUCCUACCUAUACCCCUUCCCCGCCCCUCAAUGCCACGGAUGCCUUCUCAGGUGCCUUACGCUCCCUGAGUCUCAAGGCUGCCAGCCGGCGGGGUGGGGACCACAUGACCCUACAGCCACUGCGCUCUGAAGGUGGGCCCCCCACCCCUCACCGUGGUCUCUUCCCUCCCCAUGCCCUGCCCAACCGAAAUGGCAGCCUGUCCUAUGACAGCCUACUUAACCCUGGCUCUCCCGGAAGCCACGCAUGCCCCACGCACCCCUCCGUCGGCAUGGCCGGCUACCAUUCACCUUACCUGCACCCUGGGCCAUCAGACCCACCACGGCCCCCACCCCGCAGCUUCAGCCCUGUGCUGGGUCCCCGGCCUAGAGAGCCCUCUCCUGUGCGCUAUGACAACCUGUCUCGGACCAUCAUGGCCUCUAUCCAGGAGCGCAAGGACAGGGAAGAACGCGAACGGCUGCUGCGCUCUCAGACUGACUCACUCUUUGGCGAUUCUGGUGUCUAUGACACACCCAGCUCCUACAGCCUGCAACAGGCCAGUGUGUUAACGGAAGGUCCCCGUGGCUCUGUGCUGCGGUAUGGCUCCAGGGAUGACCUCGUGGCUGGGCCUGGCUUUGGUGGUGCCCGCAAUCCUGCCCUGCAGACGUCGUUGUCCUCACUGUCCAGCUCCAUGAGUCGGGCACCUCGGACAUCUUCCUCCUCCCUACAGGCUGACCAGGCCAACAACAAUGCCCCGGGACCCCGGCCUGGCAGUGGUUCACACAGGUCACCUGCCCGUCAGGGCCUGCCUUCCCCACCAGGCACGCCCCGAUCACCCUCCUACGCGGGCUCCAAGGCUGUCGCCUUCAUCCACACGGACCUCCCGGACCGACCACCCUCACUGGCUAUGCAGAGGGAUCACCCUCAGCUGAAGACCCCCCCAAGUAAGCUUAACGGGCAGUCCCCAGGCAUGGCCCGUCUGGGGCCUGCCGCCAGCCCCAUGGGGCCCAACGCCAGCCCUGCCCGGCACACGCUGGUUAAGAAGGUGUCCGGCGUGGGUGGGACUACGUACGAAAUCUCGGUGUGAGAACUGACCACCACUCAUCUGCUGUGAUUCCACGGGGACCAGGACCCCCCACAGUAGCUCCCCAACCCCAUCAAGUUCUCUGCCCCAGGGAGAGGAGGCUACCCAAGCCUGGUGUGGACACAUCUACAGGAAAGCAAGCCCUGCUGCCACAAGCUUGUGCUCCGGCCUCUGUCUGUUCAUCCACUUAUCUACUCACAGGGCAGGUGGAGCCAAGGCUGUGGGCUGUGAUGGCGACCUGGACUGCCGCCUCCAUCAGCCAAGCUCAGCCCUGCACCCUGUUGCCCUCAUUCCCCGAGGCCAGUCCCCAACAGUCAUCCCAUGGGCCUACCCACUCCUGUGUGGAUGGGUUGCUGCAGCCCUGUUUUCCCAGCUGCUCCUGAUACAUGGCCUUUCACUGACUAGCUGGUAGCUUGUUGCUUGGCAAGGCCUAUGCUUUGCAGGGAGUGUAACUUUGGCCUGCUCUGGGCUGGGAUGGAUGGAUGGAUGGAUGGAUGGAUGGAUGGAUGGAUGGAUAAUCCAGCUGUAGCAGGGGUCCCAGCUCCCUCUGUUCCUGUCUUGCCUGGCUGGUGGGUUUAUGUCCCUGUGUCUGUAUGCUGUGCUGCCGUACCACGUCUCAUGUGUUAGUGCUCGGCUACCACUGUUCAUCAAAGCCUUAACUUCUGCUUUUAUGCUCUUGUGGGAGGUGACGGGGGUGUGGGGUGGGGGUUGGCCAGAGAAGAGAGGGGACCAGAUGCUGCCCCAGGGACUAGUGGGGCCUAGAGCCCCUUCCCUCCCUCUCAGGCCUUCCCUUCCAAACUGGAGAGUCCUCACCCCAAAGCAUACAGAGUUCCCAGCACUGGCUCGGCCAGCGCCGCUGGAAAGCACAUCAGGAAGGGGUCAUUUCUCCCCCUGGCAUCAGGGACCCGAGUAAGCACAUGGCAGCGUCCGCUUGCAUUGUGUCUGUCUUAUGUUUUUAUAUUUACAUCUAUAUAUCUAUAAUUUUAUUAAAAAAAGGAAAAUCAUUUUGAUCCUUUCCUUGGGCAAGGCUAUGGCUGUGGGUGCAGGGUGGGUGUCAGGAAAGGGGUUGGCCAGCUGGCACAGGGUGGCACAUUCCUCUUGAUCAUUUCUGCUGACAUGCCAGGUCAGGCCUAGUUGGUAACGGACCUUCUGCUGGUAAGUGCAAAGGCCUCUUAUCCCAGUCUC